AUGUAUAAACGCACCUCCGCUGCGGAGGUAGCGCAAAUUCUGAAGAGAGUCGCGGAGGACAAGGCUGCCCGCUGCGCAGAGAUGGAGAAGGCCACAAAGGCCGGGAAGGGCAGAGGGAAGCUUUGUCGGGUUAGACGCUCUGGCCACGGCAGCAAAGGAGCUGCAGGAGGGAGAGGAGGUGGAGAGGCAGGGGAGCGCGGCAGCGGCUCCAGAAGAGGAGGAGUGGCUUGCGGCAGGACCGCAAGCUCCCGCACCGGAUCCAGACCAGCGUACCCGCAGGCGUGCUGCAGCCCGGGGAGCGGCGACCUCCAACCCAGCGCCAUCCGCCAAGAAGGUGAAGAAGACCUCCGCCAAGACCAACAAGUCCGAGGGGGCGUGACGCCAAUCCCCCCGUCUAGCCCAGGCCAGGGCAUCUUCCACCAAACGGUCGGCGGCCUCGGAGGAGGAGUCCAGCUCCCGCUCUGGCUCGAGUUCCUCUCAGAUCUCGCCUUCCCCAGAGCCCUUGGAGUCGCGGCAGGCACCGAAGCUUCCGGGAAGCUCCGCCCUUCCAUCUCUGAAGAGGGGAUGGGAAUCCCCUCCUCCCACGGAGUUCAACUUGACCUCCAUGCUCAUUGCGGAAGAGGAAAUGGAGGAGGAGGAGGAGGAUGCCCUUGUCCACCACUCCCGGAAGAGGCUCUGGCGCCUUGGGUCGCUGAAGGGCGUCGAGGGCUCGGCUUCGGCAGGGAAGGAUGCAGAAGACCCCGUGACGAGCCCCCAGCUCAGCCCUCGGCCAGGGAGCGGAGAUUUGACCCCGCCUGUCGGAGAUGACGGAGACAACCUUUCCGUUCCCUCACGCGGAGGAGGGGGCGAGGUAACGCAAGGCGAUCCACUCCUUAAGGAGCACGCCUCUCCUGCUGCCCAAGCCGAAGAUGUCGCCAUGGAAUCCUCCACGGCAGAGAUGGCGCAAAAGGCUGCCGAGUCUACCCCGGCAAAGGAAGAAGCUCGCGACCAGGCAACGACUGUUGCCGGGGAAACAAAGAUCCCUGCCCAGCAGACUUCCCCAGGUACUUGGCUUGAUUUUUUCCUUUAUACUCUGGCUAUCUCUGUCGGUGUCAAAACCGGCCGAUCUUGGGUAGGGGGUCCCGAACUGUG